AUGGCAGGAAAGGUUACAUUCUUGGCAUUGGAAAAAUUGGCAAGACACUCUCCCACACAAUUGAAAAUAGGAAAUGAAGUAAAGUUCAUAUCUGGUUCCUGCACUGUCACCAAUAACAAAUCUGGAGAAGUGGUCCUAAUAGCAAGAAGAUACAAGAAUAUUUAUUUGGCAAAUUUUGAUUUAUUAAAUGGAAAUAAUCUGACAUGCCUCAGUUCCCUUGAUGAUGAUACUGAACUAUGGCACAGACGGCUGGGGCAUGCAAGCUUCUCACUCCUGAAUAAGCUGGUUACAAAAGACCUAGUUCAUGGGCUGCCAAAAAUCAAGUUCAACUAUCACAAAGUGAGUGAUGCUUGUGUAAAAGGGAAACAUGUAAGAUCCUCUUCCAAACCAAAGAAAAUGGUAAGUACCUCCAGGCCACUUAAACUUUUUCACAUGGAUCUCUGUGGUCCAAUGAGAAUUCCAAGCAGAUGA